AGCGGCGCCCGCAGCGUGUGCCGCGCGCACCCGGGGCUGCGGCCGGCCAGGCGGCGGCGGGGGACAGGCCCCCUCGGCCCCAGCGGGGCCCCGGGCGCCCGGAGGGAGCCCCGCCGCUGCGGGAAGGCCGCGGCUGAUGAAUGGCGAGGGGGAGGGCGCCGGCGCGGGACGGAGGGCACUGCGGCCCGCCGGGCUCCGCGCGCUGCUGAUUGAGAGAAAUGUGAGCCGGCUGCAUCACUGCAGUACCCACUGCAGACGCGGAGCGAGGCAGCGAGAGCGCGCAGCGCACCGGCAGCCCCUGGGCGCGCAGCAUCCCGGCCGAGCGGCCGCCAGCGAGCAGCCCCCGCCGCCCAUCGGCCCCCGGCGGGGAAGAAGCGGAGGGCGGCCGCCUCCGCGAGCCGGGAGGGCGGCCCGAAAGCAGCCUCCGGCCCCGGGCGGCCCGGAGGAAACAGCGAAGGAGCCGCCGGCGACGGAGAGCAUCCAGCCAGGCCGCCUCUGCCGGGCGGCCCUGCACCUGCUGCGCGGCUGAGCAGCUCGUCCUUGCGGACACGGGCACGGCGGAGAGCCCGCAGCCUCCCGCGUGCUGCCGGCAGCCCCGCAGCCCACAGAUACCCCGUGCCGGGAGUGUUGCAUCAGCUCUUAUCGGGGCGAGCGCGACUGCGGCGUGCCGGCCAGCGCGGGGGCACCGGCUUGCCCAGCGCGGGCAGCGGCGGCGGAGGCAGCGCGGGAGGCACGGACCCCGCCGGGGGAGGCUGCCCGUUAGCGCUGCAGCCCCGGGGGGGCGAGUCACAUCGCGGGGACCGGAGAUGCAGGCACAGGCGGCAGCGCGGAAGCUGGCUUGCUGACAGCACCCUCGUCGGUGUUACCUGGCAGGUCUGAAAGCCUGCUCGCCCCGAGGCACCCCGGACAUCUGGCCUCUGCAGAGCAUCUGGAGCAGCCGGUGCUGGAGAGGAGCCUGGCUCGGCCAGCACUGCCUUUGUGCCCUGCCGCCCAGGGAUAAUCCCCCCUCGCUGCGGGCUUACAGCCGAGGAAGCCGCUCCAGCCGGAGGUGGGGGGGCCGCGGGAAGCCAGACUGGACGUGCGGCCCAGCGGCGAGGUUUGGGGAGGCUGUGGAGACCUGCCAGCAUCCCCAGGGAGCCAGGACCUUGUACAGGCAGUGCCAGGCCGGCAUCCCUCUGCCUUUCAGAUAACCUUUAGCAACUCAGGCCUCCAAGCUCCUGCCGGGGACAGACAGGGGCUCCGGGGGCUAAGCCAGGGAGGCAGCGACACCGGGAUCCUCUGCCCGAGGCACGGCAGUCCAGCGCUGCAGCCCGACACAGCCUUUGCGCGAAGCUGAGCUGGGGACAGAGGCGCCGGAGCCCGUAGGGACGGUGGGGAGACGGCGCUUUGCAGCCCCAGCACAAGCCGAGGUGAGCGUGGCCCGGUGCCGGCCGGCACGGGAUGCUCUCUGACCCCGGGGCCGGCCCUUGCCCGGUGCCCUGCGGGAGCUGCCGGCUCCGCGGAUACCAGUGACGGCACGUGGGAGAGCCGGGAAGUCAGAGCAAAGGAAUUUGCAAACACAUUCUUCAGCGCCACGAGGAUCCUACAGCACAUAAACAGGAAUAAAGGCCGGGCGGAGGCAGGGGCUGGGGCGACGUGUGGGCCGCCCUCGGCACGGGCAGCACUGCCCACAUUCCUGCUGGGAGCCGGCCGGGCCGCGGCCCCUCCUGACUCACCUGCUCCCGGUGAGCACCCGGCACCGGGAACGCCGGGCCUCCCCGCGGCCUCCGGGUCCAGUUUGCUGUUUCCAGCUGCAGCUGGGAAGCGCCAGCAAAACCGAAGGGGGGAGCUGCCGAGUGACAGGCAAUGUCAUCUUAUUAACGUGCCGGCAAAGCGCGGCGGGGAGCAGAUGCUUUGAUCGCCCGCCCGCGCCUUGUCCUCAAAGGCGGGUGGGCGCAGGCAGGAUGUCGCCGUGAGCGCAGCGCCUUCCCGUGCGCGCCUCCGGCCUCGCGAGUGGCACCUUCGGGGCUGAGCGCCGACGAAGGACCCCGGGCCUGCCCGCGCCGCACCGGUUCCCCAGGAUGUGCUCCUGCUCCAGCCGCUUUCCCCGGUGCUGCUGCUUCACGGCCAGAACGCGAUUGAAAGCCCUGCAUGCUGCCGGCAUGUUUUAGCCUCAUGCAGGCGUCCCUCGGAGAUCCCAGAGCAGUGGACAGUAAUGUAAAAACGAUACUCAUGUCGUGUCUGAAAGGGCAACAGGUCAUCAUUAAAAUGGAGGCGAUGAAAAUCAUCCACCCGGAGAAGUUCUCGGAGCUGCAGGCCUCGCAGCCCCGCUACACGCCAGCCCCGCGCCGCGAGCCGCCCCUCGUGGCCAAGCGCGCCUGGCCGUCCGAGUCCGAGAUCAUCGUGAACCAGGCCUGCGGAGACAUCCCCGCGCUGGACGCUGCCCCCGGCUCCCUGGGGCUGCCCCGGACUCCCCCCCUGCCGCGGCGAGAGCGACUGUACCAGGGGCAGCGGAAGGGCAGCUCGGAGGUGUGCUACCACCGGCAGCCGCCGUCGGACGAGGUGAUCGUGAACCAGUACGUGCUGCACCCCUCGACGCCCUGCGAGCCGCUCGAGUGCCCCACCUGCGGCCACAUGUACAACUUCACCAACAAGCGGCCCCGCAUCCUCUCCUGCCUGCACUCGGUGUGCGAGGAGUGCCUGCAGAUCCUCUACGAGUCCUGCCCCAAGUACAAGUUCAUCUCCUGCCCCACCUGCAAGCGGGAGACCGUGCUCUUCACCGACUACGGGCUGGCGGCGCUGGCGGUGAACACCAGUAUCCUCAACAGACUGCCCGCCGAGGCCCUGGCCGCCAACCCCGUGCAGUGGAGCAGCGACACCGACCGCAGCUGCUACCAGACCUUUCGCCAGUACUGCGGGGCGGCCUGCACCUGCCACAUCCGAAAUCCGCUGUCCUCCUGCACCAUCAUGUAAGCUGCGCGCCCAGCCCCGCCGUCGCCCGCGCCGCUCGCCGCACCCGCCCGCGGGCCCGGCCCGGGGGAGGGAGAGGACAGCGCUGCCACCGCGGGGCUGCGGCACCCCCCUCUUUCCCGUUUGUGCAGCGGCGGGGGGGGGACGCUCCGAUCCGCUCCACGGCCCAGAGGCUGCCCGGGGGGCUGGGGGGGAUGCUGCAGCCUGGGACGUGGCGUGGACGCGGGGCACGGCGUGGACCUGGGCUGGGAUGUGGUGGUUCCCCACACCCUGGCGGUGCUCAGGGAGAGGAACGCUGGGAUCGGGAGCAGGUCCAUCAGCAAGUCCAUGGGCUCCAGUCCCCCCGUCCUGCGGCUUGCACCCCUGCCACCCCCGUUGUCGUGCCGGGCAUCGAGCAGCCCUCUGUGCUCCUUCCCCGGGUGGCUUCGCGCUCCUCUUUCCCCUUGGCUCCUGAGACACGGCUGAGAGCGGAUGCUCAGUCCCCACCGGUGACCUGCCAGCGACACCAUCCCCGUCACCCUGCGGCCAGCGAGGCCGCCUGAGGCGGGCUGGUCACGGGACGAAGAGCCCUGGAAGUGCACGGUGCUGUGUGGGGUCACCCAGGCGGCACGGGACAGGAGUGUGCUUGAGGACAGGCCCCCAGCUGCCCCUUCUUCUCUGUAAGUUAUUUGCCAAAGCUUUCAUCUCGGUGGCCAAUCCAACAUGCGUCUGAGUCACUGUAGCCAAGUCAAGCCAUUGCGCUGGCCCCUCGGUUACGAGCAGACACGCGGCCCAUUUCCUCCGCAGGCCCUUGAGGAAAGCUCCAGUUUAUCCUCGUUUUGGAGGAUUCUUGUUUUCUCCCGUCUGUCCCAGGCCGCCCCCUUCCAGGCCGCUGUAUGUUAAUAAAGGCAUUGAGUUGUGCCCGUUCUCCGGGGGCCCCGUGCGCACGGGGCUUGGGGGGGGACCCCCAGGCUCCAAACCGGCGUCCUGAAGGAUGGCUCGGGGUCACGGCUACGCAGCCGCCGCGCUGGGUCCGAUGCCCUUCAUAUGCCUCCGACACGACCACCCAGCUCCUGCGCAGCCCUGGGCUGAGCCGGGGGAUUCAGCUGGCCGAGGCAGGGAGGGCCGGAGGCAAAGCCUGGCUCCUGGCCACGGUCCCGGCCAUGGUCCCUUCUCCAGGUGAGCGGAGCCCAGGGGCUCUGGCGUAACCAGCGCCAGCCUCAGCAGUCUCUGUGGGGACGCGGUGGGGUUGGCAGGGUGGCAGCGUCCUGUGCACAGCCUUGCUUUCUCCAGGGCUUCUGGAGGGGUAAGUUUGCCGCCAAAAAGCAAAAAAACAAAUCUAAAACAAAAAAAAAAAAAAAAAAAAAAAGAAAAAGCCAUAAUUUGCAGGUGCUCCCGAGGGGCUGAGAGCUGCACCCCGGGGCAGCCACACGACUAAGGGGAGGAGGCUGGGGACCGACACAGCCCUGGGGAUGCGCGCAUGUGCCUCCUCGUCCCAGGACACCAGGGAAGCAGGAGGGAGCUGUGCGGAGCCGCCCCUCUCCCACCCCGGCAGGCUGGCGCUUCUGGAGGGAAGAGCAGCUCCUGACACUGGCCGAAGCCCAGCAUCCAUCCGGGGAGAGGGGCCAAGCUGUCCCUCCCUCCCGCGGUGCUGGGGCUGGGCUUGCCCACCCCGGGGUGCCAAGGGAGCAGGCGAUGCCACCAGCUCUGCUAGCGAAGCCCUGGGGACCACCUCGCUCCCAGCCCCUCUGCCCGGGGCCCCGCAGGGGAGGGUGGGGGGACUCGGAGAACAGGGGCCGAUAUCGUUUCUGUUUUGCUCUGCCAAUGCCUCCCGCUGCUGGUUGUGAUGAUGAUCAUGUUUUAUACCCGGCCUUGUUCAACCCCGAUCAAUCUCCCCAAUAAAGAUUAUAUUGGAACGAA